AUGGAGGAAGAAGGCGACGAAGGUGAAGAGCCCGCGGAAGAGGAAGGAGGCGAUGAAGGUGAGCCCGCGGAAGAGGAAGGAGGCGAUGAAACUGGAGAAACUGCCGUGGAGGAGACAGGCGGCAAGGAAGGAGAGGAUGGCGAUGAGGACGGGGUGACAGAUGCAGGAGGUGAAAGUGAGGCAGGAGCUGUUGAAAUCCCCGCCGAAGAGGCUGAAGGAGGCACUGAAGAAGAAGGCGAUGAUGACACUGCGGAUGCAGAAUAG